UGGCCAAGAGCAGAACAGGAAGCAGCGGGGUGGGGCUCGCUCUUUGCUGUUCUCUCUUCCUCUCCUCCACCUCGUUCACUCGCUCCGGAUUUUGACCGGCUUUUGAUUCCUGGCGGGAAGGACAUCCUGGAUUUUUGAGGAGGCAGGAACAGCACUCGGUGUUGGCUGCUUGGCACUGCUGUCGGUGCUGAGUGUGUGUGUGUUUGUGUGUGUGUGUGACAGGGGACAGAAGGGAAGGAGGGGGCCCCGGGACUGAGGCCAGAGGGAGGCCAAACAUGGCCAGUGAGGACGCACUGGAGGACCUGCCAGGGGAUCAAGCAGUUGAUUCCCCAGUACCCACUGAGCAGAGUGACACAGAGUCUUUGUGUGACCCCGGUGGGCUCUCGGUGCUCCAGCAGCUCGGCCUGGACCAAAACUCGGACUUCUCCGACUCCAGCGUGCAGCAGCGGCUGGACGAGCACCGCGAGAGGAUCCGCCGGGAGAUCCGCAAGGAGCUGAAGAUCAAGGAGGGUGCGGAGAAUCUGCGCAGGGCCACCACCGACAAGAGGAAUGCCCAGCAGGUGGACUCGCAGCUCCGCAGCUCCAAGCGCCAGCUGCAGUCCCUGCACGACCAGCUGCAGGAGCUGGACGCGCACAUUGUGGUCAAGGGCCCUGACGACAACAAAGAUACCCCUCAGUCUCCAGGCUCGGUCAGCCGGACGUCAGCCCAUCAGCACCGCAUCGCCGCUUUGGAGCGUCAGCUGAACAUUGAGCUGAAGGUCAAACAGGGCGCGGAAAACAUGAUUCCGAUCUACGUGAAUGGAGGCACCAAGGACAAGAAGCUUCUCCAAAUGGCUCAGCAGAUGCUGCAGGACAGCAAGACGAAGAUCGACAUCAUCCGCAUGCAGGUCCGGAAGGCCAUGCAGGCCACGGAGCAGUCGGAGGACAAUCAAAGUAAGCCGGACCUUUUUGGGGUGGAGCUGCGUGUGGAGGAGCUGUGGCAUCACUACCGCGUGGAGCACGCCAUGGCCGAGGGAGCCAAGAACAUGCUGCGGCUGCUGGGUGCUGGAAAGGUCCAAGACAAGAAGGCCAUGGCAGAGGCUCACAGUGGCCUGAGCGAGUCGUCCCAGCGCCUCGACCUGCUCAGGUGCUCUCUGGAGCAGAGGCUGCUGGAGCUCCCCGAGGAUCACCCCAAGGCCUGCCUCAUCAAGGAGGAGCUGGCGCUGGCAUCGUCCGCGGCUUUCAGCUCGCGUCACAGCACCCCCUACGUCCAUAACCAGUACAGCACCCUGAUCAAGCCAUCGCCUCUCACAGGUACUCUUCAGGUGCACCUGUUGGGCUGCGUCGGGCUGCUGGAGAUCGUCCCGGGACGGAGCAGAGGGACCCCGGUGGCUCUCCCCUCUCACUCUCUGGGAGAUGGACGCUCCUCCUUCAAACUGAGUGGCCUCUACAGCCGCAGCACCAGCAGCAUGAGCCUCAAAAUCCCCGGCAAGACUGACGAGCUCUCCUCGGAGGUGAGCGCUGUGCUGAAGCUGGAGAACACAGUGGUGGGUCAGACAGUUUGGAAAACGGUUGGAGAGCAGGCCUGGGAUCAGACCUUCACUGUCGAGCUGGAGAGGUCCAGAGAGAUGGAGAUAGCAGUGUACUGGAGAGAUUACCGCUCCCUGUGUGCUCUGAAGUACCUGAAGCUGGAAGAUUUCCUGGACAACCAAAAACACCGAGUCCAGCUGGAGCUGGAGCCACAGGGGCUGCUGCUGGCCGAGGUGACUUUCUUCAACCCAGUAAUAGAGAGAGGCCGACGACUCCAGAGGCAGAAGAAGGUCUUCUCUAAACAGCACGGCAAAGCUUUCCUGCGCGCUCGUCAGAUGAACGUGGACAUUGCCACCUGGGUCCGUCUGCUGAGGAACGCCAUCCCCAGUGGGAGCAACACACCUGCCUACACACCCAGUUUCACAAACAACACGCUCACACAGAGCACAGGAGAGAUCUCAGUGGAGAAGCUGAAUCUGUGCAGCGACUCUCCUCCCAAGCCCGAGAUCAGGAGAGAUUCGGUGGAUGCGCCCGCUGCCCCGGAACAGACGCCCGCCGUCGAGACCCCGUCCCCACCGGGUGUCCCCGUUCCCAAGAAGCCGGCCAGAUCGCUGUCCCACAACUCUUUACGCAGACCCAGCAGAGGCCCUCUCUGCCUGCAGGACUUCAAGCUGAUGGCAGUGCUCGGCAGGGGCCACUUUGGAAAGGUGUUGCUGUCCGAGUACAAACGGACAUGCUGCCUCUAUGCCAUCAAAGCCCUGAAGAAGGGAGACAUUGUGGCGCGCGACGAAGUGGAGAGUCUGAUGUGUGAGAAGCGGAUCUUUGAGGCCGUCAACGGCUCCCACCAUCCCUUCCUGGUCAACCUGUUUGCAUGUUUCCAGACACCAGAACAUGUUUGUUUUGUCAUGGAGUACUCGGCGGGAGGCGACCUCAUGAUGCACAUACAUGCUGACGUCUUUUCUGAGCCGCGUGCUGUGUUCUACUCGGCUUGUGUGGUGUUGGGUCUGCAGUUCCUCCACGACCAUAAGAUUGUGUAUCGGGAUCUUAAAUUGGACAACUUGCUGCUCGACACCGAGGGUUUUGUGAAGAUAGCCGACUUCGGGCUCUGUAAAGAGGGCAUGGGGUUUGGGGACAGGACCAGCACCUUCUGUGGGACCCCUGAGUUUCUGGCCCCAGAAGUGCUGACAGACACAUCGUACACCAGGGCAGUGGACUGGUGGGGGCUCGGGGUGCUCGUCUACGAGAUGUUGGUUGGAGAGUCUCCGUUCCCAGGUGAUGAUGAGGAGGAGGUUUUCGACAGCAUUGUGAAUGAUGAGGUGCGCUACCCUCGCUUCCUCUCCACCGAGGCCAUCGGCAUCAUGAGACGGUUGCUGAGGAGGAAUCCUGAGAGACGCCUGGGCUCUGGGGAAAAGGAUGCGGAGGACGUGAAAAAACAGCCUUUUUUCAGGGGUAUGGACUGGGAGGCACUUCUCCAGAGGAAAGUCCCGCCGCCGUUCGUCCCGUCCAUCGGGGGAAAAGAGGACGUCAGCAAUUUCGACGCCGAGUUCACGGCCGAGCCCCCCGCCCUCACGCCGCCUCGCGAGCGCCGCACACUCUCUCGCACGGAACAGGACUACUUCAAGGACUUCGAUUACAUCUCCGACCUCUGUUAGGCGCGGGGGUCAGGGGGGUCAUAGGGUUAUUUAGCUGCCCACUGCCAGCCACGGACUCUUACAAGGAGACUGAGAAGCAAAGGCGGACUCUGUCCUGCAAAGGCAAAGUCGAACUCGAUGGCGAUGAGAGGCGAGGGUCACUCUUUGCUACGUCCUCUUUCUCUCUCUCUCUCUCUCUCUCUGUGUGUGUGUCUGCGUUUGCAACGGGAUGAAGGACUGGCCGGGCCGAGCGUGUGUGCGCAGGGAUCAGUGGAGUCUGAUCGUGUGUGGCGCACAUACGCGGUGUCACGGAUCUGACGACCUCCAGAUUAUCUGGAGUGGCUUUUAGAGGAGGAAGUCGUGACAGAGAAUAAUCCAGAUUAUGUAACAAAUGGAAGAUGAGUUGAGAUGGAUGCUGUUGUUUGUCCUGCCUGGCAACACAGUGGGGCAUUAAAGAAAGAGUCGGUGCCGAAAUGCUUCAAGCGCCCUCGAAAAUCACUGAGCGAGAGAGUGAACGUGAUUAUUCUGACGGAGAGCGGUUCGUCGCUCCUCUCCCUGCACUUUCCCGUGAUCUCUCGUCCCUUUGUCUCUGCUGUGUGUCGCCGGUAAUUGUCUGUUUUCGUUGUGUUCGAUGUCCCUGAAUGGAUCCACGUUCCGCCGCAAUCAUGCAUCACCAGUACAUGGACACACGGGGGAGCCAGAGCAAAGAGAGAAGCCUCUGAGCUGACUGGGAGUUGAGCCAGAGUAACUCGGAGAGAGUGACGGGAGUCGGCUGCCGUUUGUGUCUGGACCUCACAUACAACACGUUUCUCAUUUUGUCUUCUCUCUUUUCUGUCUUUUAGUACAACACUGAUUUUUAACCACAGUCACUAAUUCAAUGACGCAAAGAUUUAACUGAUUUUGUGAUUUUUCUUUUUACGUCUGUUUCCUCCUUUGUCAUUUGCUGGUGAAAUGUGUUGGAACUGUGACUCGAUAAAGAUGUGAUCCCAA